GAAAGAAAGAAAGAAAGUAGAAACGGUACUUAAUUAGCUAGCUACCAGCAAGUUCAUCGACAAGGGACUGCUGAAGUGAUGGCCCUUGCAAAAGAUGAGAAUCACAACCAUGGAGAGCAAGAGCAAGGUCGUUGUAGCCACUUCCUCGUGGUGGCCUACGGCAUCCAAGGCCACAUCAACCCUGCUCGUACUCUCGCCCGUCGCCUUGCUCGGAUCGGUGGCUGCACCGCCACCCUCUCGGUUUCCGCCUCCGGCCACCGCCGCAUGUUCCCGUCCCACGGAAACUCCUGUGACGAGGAGGUCAGUGACGGGCUCAUCUCCUACAUCCCCUUCUCUGAUGGCAAAGAUGACGGGAGCUGGCCCACGGACUCAGAAGAUAGGGCACGACGCCGGGAAGCAAACUUCCGGAGCCUCUCAGCUGUAGUCGACCGCCUGGCAGCCAGCGGCCGGCCAGUCACUUGCAUGCUCUGCACCCUGAGCAUGCCGGUAGUGGGCGAGGUAGCUCGUGAGCAUAGGCUUCCGAUCUCCGUCUACUGGAUCCAACCUGCAACCGUUCUUGCCACUUACUACCACUAUUUCCACGGGCACGGCGAGCUCGUCGGCCAGCAUGGCAGCAGCAGCAGCUCAACACAAGAUCAGGUAACUCUUCCAGGCCUACACCCUCUUAGAAUCAGUGACAUGCCAAGUUUUUUCACUGAGAAGACGCCGAGCGAACUGUCUAAGAUGCUCCUCCAAGCAUUCCGUGAACUGUUUGAGCAGAUAGAACAAGAGAAGCUAAUUGUUCUAGUGAACACAUUCGAUGCGCUAGAAGAUGUAGCCCUAAAAGCGAUCCAACCAUACAUGGAUGUGUUUGCCGUAGGGCCAGCAGUUCCUCCUCCUCUUGGUGCACUACCACAGCACAAAGAUGCAAGUGAAGCAGCACAGAUCCAUCUCUUCAAGCACGAUGAGAAAAAUUGCAUGGAGUGGCUCGAUGCACAGCUCGAGAGAUCUGUUGUCUACCUGUCCUUUGGGAGCUUGCUGGCGUACACCAAACGGCAAGCAGAAGAGAUCUUGCACGGCCUGCAGAGUCAUGGGCAACCCUACCUGUGGGUGGUGCGCAAAGAGGGGCGUGCCGAAGAGGUGGAUUCUUGCUUGAGGGAGGCCAAGGCAGACAGCAAGGGGAUGGUUGUGGAGUGGUGUGACCAGCAGAAGGUGCUAUCUCACCCAUCAGUAGGUUGCUUUGUCACUCACUGUGGCUGGAACUCAACAUUGGAGGCCGUAGUGUCUGGUGUGCCGAUGCUGGCUGUGCCAAGUUGGUCAGACCAGCCGAUGAACGCAUACUUGGUAGAGGAGGAGUGGAGGGUGGGUGUUAGGGCGGAGCGCGACGCCGAGGGGGUCCUAACAAGAGAUGAGCUUGCAAGUCGUUUGGAAUUGUUAAUGGGUGGUAGUGAAAGAUCAGGGCAGAUAAGGGCGAAUGCGCAGAGUCUGAAGGAGAGAGCACAGGAGGCAGUAGCUACACAUGGGCCACUGGAAAGAAGCCUUCGGAGCUUUAUUAGUAAGAGCAUGGAAAAUCUAGACCAAUCGAGAAAAUAGGUCAGCUAACAGCAUCUCCAAAUUGAUACAAAUAAGAUAUGGCAUAGUCUUGGCAACAAACAACAAAACUUUUUUUUAGAGAAAAGGUGUCUUGG